AGUAGCAAUCAGUGUGACAUUGCCGAGUGCCGCGUGCAUUGCCAACAGGGAAAAUACCUAAGUUUUGUAGUUAUCCGUGCCCUCGACUGUUUUAGGAACCCUGUCCGCCUAAUGCACGCUCUUCUCUGUGGAUUUCUUUAAAACAAAAACACUUUAACGCAGACUAUCUCCGAACUUUGCUCCUUCAACAACAAAAUCCGCACACACAGGAAUCGGGAAUCCAGCGGGAAUCUGAAAGGAAUACUUGCUGAACUCAGACCAGCUUACGUAGGAAGAGGACGUAAGGCCAGCGCGGACCGCAAGUGCAUUGCCUCGAGCGGAGGACCCCCAGAAGGACCCACAGGAGCCACGCCCCUAGAGCGACAGCCCGGAGAUGGCGGCCUUCAUAGCUAAGCAAAUGGUUGGAAACCAAUUAAGUGCCGUUAAAGAUGCUGCAGGCGGAGGUGAUGGAGGCGAUGAUGGCGACGACAAGGAAAAGGCAGAGGAGGAGGAGAGGGAGCGUCAGGAGGCCAUUAAAGAGGCCGAGGACCGGCGCAAGGAAAAGCACCGGAAAAUGGAGGAGGAGCGCGAGAAGAUGAGGCAGGACAUUCGCGAUAAGUACAACAUCAAGAAGAAGGAGGAAAUCGUGGAGGCGGCGCCCCAAGAAGAGCCCAAUCCCCUGAUGAGGAAAAAGAAGACGCCCGAGGAACUCGCCGCCGAAGCGGAGCAGGAAGAGCUCGACGAUUUUACAAAACUGAAAAAUCAAAUAGAAACGCAAGUAAAUGAGCUAAAAACUCAAAUAGAGGGAAAAUGUGUCAUGCAGUGAUAUGUCAGUCAUCAUAAUAUAAAAAUAAUUAAAUAUAAUGAAACAAUGCAAAUAAUACUGAUAAUAACAUUUAACCCAUAAAAGGAAAUUGAUUUAACUCGACUCGAAAUUGGAUUUAUUAAUAUGAGAUCAGUUAAGUUAUAUUGGAAAGCAUAAACGAAACGAAUUAAACCCAUUGCAAAGCUAAAGCCUAAAAAACUGUAACCCGGCGGCCACAUAAACCUAUUAAACGUUAAAUCCCAAAUCGAUGACAGCUAUAAUCGGAAGCAGAUAUGCGAAAUCAAAAUGCGAACAGGACGGUGAACUCCUAAUGAAUUUUAAAGUAGCUAAAAAAUAAACCAAAUUAUUUAAAGCCCAACUAUAGUGAAAGCCUUUAAUAAUAUUCAAAUCACUUUGCUUCGAUAAUAAUGUAAUAUACUCAAACCCAAUAUACAAUACAUAAUCGUUGUUUAGUUGAUAACAUACAAUAACAUAACGAUCUAAUGAAUAUAUCGAAUCGGCUUGAUGACAUUCGAACCCAAAUAGAAACGAGUAAUAAUGAAACAAAUAAAUAAUAGAAAACCAAAAAAAAAGAAACCAAACAAAAAAAAUUAAGCGAAUGGUGCGACAGAGGAGGCUGCCGAAUCAUGUCGAACCGUCGAAGUAUGUUGCUGAAAUCACUUUGGACUUGAAAUCCAUCUACUUAUAUUAGUAUGAGUGAAGAAUGAUUAUGAAUUAAAUCGGCGAAAAUGUUGAAAUCGUCAUUCAAAUAUAUAUAUACACCCGUUAUGUAUAUAUGUAAAUUUUAUGAAUUUAACCACGAGUAAAUUAUUAUACUUGCAAACGAAUUGACUGCAGAUACGUUGAAAUUAUUGCUGAUUCUCCAAAUUGUUUACCAAAACCCAGAAAAGAAAACUAUAAAAAUAAAAGAAAAAGUUUCAGUCAGUUUGUUUUUGAAAGUUCGAGACAAAACAUCUUUAACAGCUGUUACAUUUUGUUUCUUUCUUAUACAAACAACAUACCCACACUACAAUUGAGAAUUUCUAACUAUUUGAGAAAGUUAAAUAUCUCUCUGAUUGAUGCUUCUGAAAUACAUGUACUCUCGGUGUUUAAUUAAUAUCAUCAACAACAACAACCAGAACAACAGCACAAGAAAACGCCUACAGCCAGUACAAGAACAACAUCAACAUCAACUACAUCUACUACCGAAGUAUCUUAAUGUGUACCAUAAGAGAUGAACCAUGAACUAUUCAAGCAAACAAUAGAAGCUAACAACUAGCUACAUGAACAACAGCAUCAAGCCAACAUUUCCUACCAUAUUUCUGAACGUUGUGAAUUAAUUUGGAUGUGGGUUGUCAUUUAAACACACUCACCAGGUCACACACACACUUGGUCACUAGUCACAUGCAUUCAAACGGCUUUAUGGUGUUGUAAAUGUUAAUAAUUAUGUACAGAUCCAAUAAAUACCGACGAAAUAUAUGUACAACCUGCAUUAUUAGUUGUGUUAAAUAAUGAAGCUUACAAUGCCACGUUCUGUAUCACCGGUAAAGAGCUAACAUCCAAAUCAGGAACAAAAUUCUUUAAAACUCAUGUCGAACUAUCAGGUUAAGCUUCGACCGAUGUUUCCGUUAUAACGAAUUCUCAAUUUCUUGUUUUACACAUAUCGGUAAGGCAGCAAUAAAGUUAAAAGGCCUAACGCCCCUCUCUGUCAACCUAAAAAAGCAAUCCUCUAGUGCCCCUCGCUCCAUACAAAGUUAGGAACGAUCUAACUAAUGAACGAAUGCCUUAACGUGGCUCAGAUGACUAGACCAUGAGUAGCGAAUAGAUGAUGAUAAGAAAGGUGAUCCUACCCUUAGGAAAGGUACUUGCAAUCCCUAGCUUUGUUUCCCUUAUCCUUAUCCUUAUCGCACUCCUGUUACUGAAUCCAGAUAUCUUAGCUAUGAUCUUUUCGAACUCGAAACUAUAAAAUCUAUAUAGUAAUGGCUUUCUAAAUACUUAUAGAAAAUGUUUACCUAGAUUCUACUAUAUCUAUUCUGUUUUUCUCUCAGAUACUUAUAUGAAGUUGAAGGUCACUUAAUUGUUUAAUAUAUUAAAUAAACGAAAACGAAGAAAACCAACACAACUAAUUGAAACAUAUUAUUCAAUCAUAACCAAGUUUUUAACGUAAUCAUAAAUGUUUAAAAUGUUAAAUGGUUCAGCCGAUUUUAUUUAAUUUAUAAUUUGUUAAUAUUAUGUUACCGUUAAUGUUACAGUAAUAAAAUUGUAAUUAUAUGUAUAUCAGAAAGUUCACGAAACCACAGAUAAUUAAACAUUAUUAUCUAUAUAUAUAUGUAUAUGUGUAACUUAAUAGGGAAAUGAAUUUAAUAGAGAAACAACAGACAAAAUUAUGAAUAAUAAUGUUGAAAAGAAUACCAUUCAAGUCAUUAUUAGAUGUGAAAGACGUUCUAUACACAACAAAGGAAUAAACAAAACAGAAACAAAACAAGAACAAAAACUUAAGAAAUCGUUAAUAGUUGAUUAAUUAUAUUGUUACUUUGAACAUUUAAUUAAAACAAACAAAAACAAAAGAAGGUAUAAUAAAAAAAUAUAUAUGUAUAAAUAUAUAUGAGAAAACACAACAA